AUGCACGGUAGCAGCACUUAUGCUUCUAUAGAUGGAGUUGAGCAGACCAUCAUAGCGCUCAACCCACUGGAGAUGCCGUAUAUGGGGAAUCGCGUUGCGCCUACAUUUUAUGAUCUUCAGAAGCUCAAUGUGGCCUACGGGUGCCCAGCUCUAGCUGCCGAAGUCUGUCUGAUGCCGAUUGUUUGCCUACACGAGGGGUACCUAUUGCCGACUUGCGAGUGCGCUUGCAAACCGCAGUAUAUGGGUACCAAUUGUGACAUGGAGAAUCCUGACUAUGUUCCACGUUGCAUACAAAUAUUCACAAUAGACGAUGGGCUGACAGGGACCAUCUUCUCACCUAAUUAUCCGUCGAACUAUGAUCCGGAUACAAUUUGCCAAUACAUUAUUACGGGGCCAGCUGAAUCAAAUAUCAGUGUGCAAUUUACUGAUUUCAACCUGCAACCUGGAAACACAGCUUGCACAAAUGAUUACCUGGAUAUCUUCUUGGCGGAUACAGCUCUGGCCAACACGACGAGUUGCGGCUCAGUUGGUCCAUCAGCCUUCGACAGCAUCAGCAAUGAGAUAAGGAUCGUGUUUAAGUCAGAUUCCACCAUCCAGGACAAGGGAUUCUCUUUGAUGUACACCAUACACACCAAGCCAAUGCCAAUGGCAAUGGAAAGCUGCAAUGUGUCAUUCAGCAAUUCAGUUGGUGAGAUCACCAAUUACGUCAGUGAAUCCCCGAACGAUACGCAUUGCACAUAUGAGAUCAAUGUGCCACAAGGGCAACGGGUUGCCCUGACCAUGCAGUCAUUCGAUGUAGAGAACGGGUACUGCUCCGUAAACAGUAUAGAGGUAUACUUAGGAGAUGGCACCUCGACCCCUAUUCAAUUUUGUAACCAAUGCGUCCCUAAGGAGGAAAUCAUCUCUGCCACCAAUACGAUGAAGAUCAUAUUUGCUGUACAGGGUUCCCAGGAAAACGCCAGUUUUUCUGCGACCUACCGAGCUGUUGAAAUCGCUAUAAACUCUUCGAACCCGGAUGUAGAAGGAUCCACUAUUAGUUACUGCCAAAGUACGACGGACCAAGACAAAGGUUUUAUUCAGUCACCGAGAUACCCUCAGGCCUAUCGAAGAAGGAUGUGCUGUCAGUAUGAGAUCACUGCAUCGCCAGGCUUACACGUGGAGCUUAACUUCGCACGAAUCUUUCAGAUCGAAGAAGAAGACACCAUCUCCAUCGAUAUUGGCGGCUCACAACCAAUAAGGCUCAUCCUGACCGGUCACAAUGCUCCGAUCGGUUCGUACGUCUCACUUGCUGAGAAGAUGAGUAUCCAGUUCGAGUCCAACGAAAGUAGGUUUGCAGGCCGCGGGUUCCGUGGAUUCUUCCGAAGUGUGUCUCUCAGCAUCCCCCGGGAUGAGGAUCCGGUUACCCAACCCCCUUUCAUACCGGAGCCGUAGCGUGAAUCCACACAAAUAAGGGGGUGGAACGUAUGAUAGGGGGCACCAGUCUUACUCGGUAAAUGAAGUGCUAACUUACAAGGCUACUGAAUGGGAUGUGUGCGAGAAGUGCAUGGUCCCGGUGUCUUCUAUUUUUGUCCUAUUCCCCUUCCCCUAUCACUUUCUCCCUUUCCCCUUCUUCCUUUCUCCAUUU